AUCAGCCAUUCUGUGCACUGGUAUCCUCCACUUACGACCAGAUUGUGAUCUGCUGCCUCUAAAAUGGGAGUUCUAUAACUUAUAUCCUCAGUGAACUUGAGAAACCACGAACCCAUACAACAUGGCCGCGGAUAAAGCAAACGCAUAUCUCGAUCAUGGCCCCUCCGACGAAUCCGAUAGCGAUGCAGGUUACGACUCGGAAGCGGCAGAGAUUUCCAAGACAAGCAGAAGAGCGACCAAGAGGCGCAAAGUCGACCAUGACAACUCCGAUGACGAAGGUGACAGCGAUUCAGGGAAGGCAGCGCCCACACCCGUAGCCAGAUCACACUUGAGCCACAAAGAUGAGGACGAAGAUCCCCAGCGACCUAUCCCCUCCGAACCCUCAAUAUCAAAAGACGUCACACCUGAAGAUACCACAACUAAAGAAACCUCACAGCAGCCCGCCGAGAAAUCAGCAUCAAAAUCCAAGUCCAAAAAGGCCAACAAGUCCCCCCCACCACCGGGUGUCGUCUACUUGUCCUCCCUCCCACCGUACCUCAAACCCUCAGCCCUUCGCAACCUGCUGCUACAACGCGGCUUUCACCCAAUUACACGGCUUUUCCUAGCACCGGUAUCCAAACAUAAAUCAACUUCGCGAAAGAACUCGCGCCAACUAUACAGUGAAGGAUGGAUCGAGUUUGCAUCCAAGAAAACGGCACGCCUGUGCGCCGAGACGCUGAAUGCACAGCCUGUCGGCGGCAAGAAAGGCGGAUUCUACCACGAUGAUAUCUGGAACAUGAAAUACCUACGUGGAAUGCGCUGGGAGGAGUUGAUGGCUGGUGUCAGAGAGGAGAAACGCGAGGUCGAAGGCCGGAGAGACGAGGAGCGCAGAACCAUCAUGAAGGAGACCAAGGCUUUUGUCGAGGGUGUCGAGGAAGGACGACGCUUGCAAGGCAUGAAGCGAAAGAAAGAAAAACAGGCCAAGGCCACCACCGGCGACGUAGCACCUAAUGGCGACGAAGUCAAGAGGAUGUGGAGGCAGUUUGAUGUCCAUGGAUCAAAAGACGCUGGACAGCAGCGACAGGAUAAAGACAGGACAAAUGAGCCCCCGAUCGCAGAUGAUGUGAGGCAAGUUCUAGGGAAGAUCUUCUGAUGACCAGCUGACUAUGAAGCACUCUUGCCUUUCAAUAAUGAUUGUCUAUG